UGGAGGGUUAACUCAUCAACUUACCCUCACCUUGCCAAGGUUGCUAAGGAUAUUCUUGCUGUACCGAUCGCCCAGGUUGGUGUUGAGCGAGUUUUCAAUAUUGCCAAGGAUACGAUUGGGGACCGGAGGCAUCGUCUUAGCGCUCAAACAAUCCAGCAAAUAAUGGUGUUGAAGCAC